GUCAGCCGGGCCUGGAGAGCGCCAGCGCGAAGGAGACUGGGGGGCUCGGGCUGGGGGCGCGGCUUGCGCCGGCCGCCCCACCCUCCUUGCAUAAAAGCCGGAGCCCGCGGGGCCGGCGCUCUCAGCCCGUCGGUUCCCGAGCGUCUUCCCGGUGACCCCGUAGUGGGUGUGUGAGGGGAGGACGGACAGAUCCACCAGACGCCGCCGGAGCAGGAGGACGCUGACGAGACACCAUGCGUGAGAUCGUGCACAUCCAGGCCGGCCAGUGCGGCAACCAGAUCGGCGCCAAGUUUUGGGAGGUCAUCAGUGAUGAACAUGGGAUUGACCCCACUGGCAGUUACCAUGGAGACAGUGAUUUGCAGCUGGAGAGAAUCAAUGUUUACUACAAUGAAGCCACUGGUAACAAAUACGUUCCCCGGGCCAUCCUCGUGGAUCUGGAGCCAGGCACGAUGGAUUCCGUUAGGUCUGGACCAUUCGGCCAGAUAUUCAGACCAGACAAUUUCGUGUUUGGCCAGAGCGGAGCCGGGAAUAAUUGGGCCAAGGGCCACUACACAGAGGGAGCCGAGCUGGUCGACUCGGUCCUGGACGUGGUGAGGAAGGAGUCAGAGAGCUGUGACUGUCUCCAGGGCUUCCAGCUGACCCACUCUCUGGGGGGCGGCACGGGGUCUGGGAUGGGCACCCUGCUCAUCAGCAAGAUCCGGGAGGAAUACCCAGACCGCAUCAUGAACACCUUCAGCGUCAUGCCCUCACCCAAGGUGUCAGACACGGUGGUGGAGCCCUACAACGCCACCCUCUCCGUCCACCAGCUGGUGGAAAACACAGAUGAAACCUACUGCAUUGACAACGAGGCCCUGUACGACAUCUGCUUCCGCACCCUGAAGCUGACCACCCCCACCUACGGGGACCUCAACCACNUGGUGUCGGCCACCAUGAGCGGGGUCACCACCUGCCUGCGCUUCCCCGGCCAGCUGAACGCAGACCUGCGCAAGCUGGCGGUGAACAUGGUGCCCUUCCCGCGCCUGCACUUCUUCAUGCCGGGCUUCGCGCCCCUGACCAGCCGGGGCAGCCAGCAGUACCGCGCGCUCACGGUGCCCGAGCUCACCCAGCAGAUGUUCGACUCCAAGAACAUGAUGGCCGCCUGCGACCCGCGCCACGGCCGCUACCUGACGGUGGCUGCCAUCUUCCGGGGCCGCAUGUCCAUGAAGGAGGUGGACGAGCAGAUGCUCAACGUGCAGAACAAGAACAGCAGCUACUUCGUGGAGUGGAUCCCCAACAACGUCAAGACGGCUGUGUGCGACAUCCCGCCCCGCGGCCUGAAGAUGUCAGCCACCUUCAUCGGCAACAGCACGGCCAUCCAGGAGCUGUUCAAGCGCAUCUCGGAGCAGUUCACGGCCAUGUUCAGGCGCAAGGCCUUCCUGCACUGGUACACGGGCGAGGGCAUGGACGAGAUGGAGUUCACCGAGGCCGAGAGCAACAUGAACGACCUGGUGUCUGAGUACCAGCAGUACCAGGACGCCACGGCCGAUGAACAAGGGGAGUUCGAGGAGGAGGAGGGUGAGGAUGAGGCUUAAAAACUUCUCAAAUCAAUUGUGCAUCCUUAGUGAACAUCUGUUGUCCUCAAGCAUGGUCUUUCUACUUGUAAACUAUGGUGCUCAGUUUUGCCUCUGUUAGAAAUUCACACAGUUGAUGUAAUAAUGUGGAAUUCCUCUAAAAAUUACAGUAUUGUCUGUGAAGGUAUCUAUACUAAUAAAAAAGCAUGUGUAUAAAAUCGGUCUCUGUUCUCACUUCACAUAAUUUUCAUUCUUUCUCUAAAUGCUUAAGUAUAAUGUUUCAAGGUUUAACUUGUUACUGUUUUUAUUGUGAUACUCAAUGUUUAAUUUUAAUAGCAAUGUAGGAUUUCUGCUUUAGUGUUUUAAUUAAUAACAUUCCUGCCCUUUUAGUACAGAGCAAUGAAAAUAUACAUUUUGUUCACCUUUACUGGUCCAAAGUAUUAAUCUCUCAAAAGUGAACCAGGAGUAAAGAGGGAUAUGGGGACAAGGCAAACCUGCCCCUAUUUGCUGUUGUUCUUGGACAUCCUAUGAUCUUACAAUUGAAGAACUCAGGCACGGACUUUCCCUACUUUUCUUUGACUGUGAUUAAGAUAAACACAAAAACACAAGUGAAGCUUGAAUGUCUCAGAUUAAAGGUACAGUAUAAAUUCAAGUUUUCUUAAAAUCUCCCAACAUUAACACUACAAAUGCUCCACCUAAAAUUUGAAAGUAAAUUAUGGUAGGAAUUUACCUUUUAAGACAAUGGUAUAACUUGUCACAACUUCAUGUUAGAAAAUCAGAUUUAAUUUUCAUAGCUAUUGAAGUUAAGAGGCUUUAUUCCUUUUUUUUUUUUUUUUUUUUU